AUGGACCAGCCCAAUCCAGAUGAAGGCUCCACGGAGCAAGCUGGGAAGGUGAAGAGAAAUGCCUUCAACGAACUCAUGGGACCCAAGACCAAGCAACAGAAGCCCACAUCCAAAGCUCCAUCGGAUCGUAACGCGGCCAAGGGCAAAGCUACAUUUGGCGCUCGAGAUGGAUUGGGCGCGUAUAUCAGCAAACCCGAAACAUAUCCCCCGAAUGUCGUGGUCUACCAUGAUGAAGAUUUUGUGGCGAUCCAUGACAUGUUCCCCAAGUCAUCACUACAUCUCCUCCUUCUCCCUCGCGACCAGAACAAAACGCGCCUUCACCCGUUCGACGCCUUCGAAGAUGCCGAAUUUCUAGCCAAUGUCAGAGCUGAGACGCAGAAGCUUCGUACUUUGGCAGCUGGCGAGCUGCGGCGAAAGUAUGGAAAGGACUCUGGGCAGGAACAAGCGAGACAAGCAGCUUUGAGCACCGACCCGCCCCCGGAUGAGCUACCACAAGGCCGUGAUUGGGAAAAAGAAAUUGUUGUCGGGGUUCACGCAGUGCCAUCUAUGAAUCAUCUGCAUGUCCACGUCCUAUCGGUGGAUAGAUACAGCGAGCGCCUGAAACACCGGAAACAUUAUAACAGCUUCUCCACUCCGUUCUUCGUGCCAAUUGACGACUUCCCAUUAGCGCCCGAUGAUGAGAGACGGCGACCAACCGAGGCGGGGUAUCUUAAGCGGGACUUCGCCUGCUGGUGUUGUGGUAAGGUGUUCGGCAAUCGAUUCACCGAAUUGAAACAGCACCUAGAGCAAGAGUUCAAAGAUUGGAAGAAACUGUGA